UUUAAUUAUUUUGGCCUUCCAUUUUUAAUGUCUGUGCUCGGUUCCUCGCCCUAACUUGCUAUUUAUACAAAGUAUAUAUAGGAAGUUGGAAGCGGUGGCUGAGAGCUAAUAAAAAUCUUUUUUGAAAACGACCCCAACUUUACUAUAAAACCCACACCUAGAAAGUUCCGCAUAAGAAGCUUCGGCAACACUAAUCUCAAGCUCUUGCCUUUGCUGCUGUCUGUCACUGCUCAAAACAUGGUGCGUGGACGAGUUUCAAGGUCAAAGGAUUUCAUAAGCAACAUGCCGGAUGAAAUUCUAUUGAUGAUAUUGUCUCUAAUGCCCUUAAAGGAUGCUAUUGCCACUGGAAUUCUGUCAAAGAGAUGGAUAUCCGUAUGGUGCAACUUAAUCCAUCUCAGCAUCGAUGGUGAUGAACGGUUAGAAAAGAUAAUGAUGAAUCCAGUGCUGCAUGAUACAGUGCGAUCAAUGUACAUCAAAAAGGUGAAUAAUGUCAUUAAAAAACACAAAGGUCCUCUUGUUCAAGAAUUCCGGAUUUGUUUCAACUUGGAUUGUGGAAAUAAUAGUGCUAUUGAUUAUUGGCUUCAGUUUGCGAUGAACAAGAAAGUUCAGACACUUGAACUGGAUUUGAUGAACCACGUCAAGUUUCGUAUGCCUGCUAAUUGCUAUGACUUUCCAUUACAUUUUUUGACGGAAAAUUCAAGAAUAUUUUUGGAGCUACAUUACUUGAAAAAACUCGUUUUGAAGGGUGUUAAUGUGAGAGAAGCCAUCCUGCGGAAUCUACUAACAACUUCUCCACAUCUUGAAACACUAUGUACCCAUGACUCAGGAUUCAUGGCACAUGUUUUAGUUGGUGGAGAAGCUCUUAAACUAAAACAUUUUGAAAUAAAAGGUUGUUCUAAUAUACGAUCGAUUUAUUUAUAUGAGUUUGACCUUGUAUCAUUCACCUACAAGGGUCCAGCAAUAGAUUUACGUCUAGGUCAUCUUCCAAAAAUGAAAGAACUUGAUAUUUGCCAAGGAGCUGAAGGGUUACAAAAUAAUAUAUUCAGCCAGAUCGCAUCUUGUGUUUCAUACAUCCAAGUUCUUUCCCUCAACAUAUUACAGAUGGUUAGUAUGUAACUAUGUAUCAUCUCUGGUGUGUUUCUAACCUUUUAUGGAAAUAUUAUGAGAGCAUUGUCUUGUUUUUACAGGAACGUGUGAUGCUUAAUUCCAUUCCUGAACUACCAAAUGUGAAGAAAUUGAGACUCACAAUUGGAGCAUAUAAUGAUAACUGCUUGCUACGUUUCACUUAUAUAGCGAAUGC